GAAAGGUCGGAGUAUUUGGUUACGUUAGUAAGUCAAGAAAUUCAAUGUGUGAAGUGCAUGUAGCUUCAGUCAUGCUGCGGCUGUGGCCUUUGAGGCAGGCGUUGACAACUACGGGAAGUCUGCGACUGGCACCAACAUGUCUAACGAAUAAGAAAUCAACAGCAGCUCAGCCUGCUCCACAGCUGGUAGAAGUAUAUGUCAAUGACAAGCAAGUCUUUGUGGAGCCAGGAACAACUGUUUUACAGGCAUGUGCUGCAGCAGGUGUUGAGAUCCCACGCUUUUGUUACCAUGAACGACUUGCAGUUGCGGGCAACUGUCGAAUGUGUCUUGUGGAGGUGGAAAAGUCUCCUAAGCCAAUUGCAUCCUGUGCUAUGCCUGUGAUGAAAGGAAUGAGGGUGAAGACAGACUCACCAAUGACAAAAAAAGCCAGAGAGGGUGUGAUGGAAUUUCUACUGAUGAAUCAUCCCUUAGAUUGUCCUAUCUGUGACCAGGGAGGAGAGUGUGACCUUCAGGAUCAGUCAAUGGCAUUUGGCAGCGACAGAAGCCGUUUUACAGAUAUGGAUUUCAGUGGCAAGAGGGCAGUAGAGGACAAAAAUGUUGGUCCCCUCAUAAAGACAAUAAUGACUCGUUGCAUCCAUUGUACUCGCUGUAUCAGAUUUGCAAGUGAAGUUGCUGGUGUUGAUGAUCUUGGAACAACAGGGCGAGGUAAUGAGAUGCAAGUGGGAACAUAUGUGGAGAAAAUGUUCAAGUCAGAGUUGUCAGGCAACAUCAUUGAUCUUUGCCCUGUAGGGGCACUGACAUCAAAGCCCUAUGCUUUCUCUGCUCGGCCAUGGGAGACACGUAAAAUAGAGAGCGUGGACGUGAUGGAUGCUUUGGGGAGCAACAUUGUAGUCAGCAUGCGCACUAACGAAGUCAUGAGGAUACUGCCUAGGAUGAACGAGGCAAUAAAUGAAGAAUGGAUCUCUGACAAAACACGCUUUGCAUAUGAUGGUCUUAAACGCCAGCGCAUUACCACACCAUUUGUGAAGAAUGAGAAAGGAGAACUUGUUGCUACAGACUGGGAGAAUGCCUUCUUCACCAUCAACAACAAGCUGAAAGGCAUCGAUGGAGACCAGAUUGCAGCAGUUGCUGGUGGACUAGUAGAUGCAGAGGCACUGACUGCUCUGAAGGACUUAAUGAACCGUCUAGGCUCUGAAAAUCUGUGCACUGAAGAAGUCUUCCCUAUGGAUGGUACUGGGACCGACCUACGCGUCAACUACUUGAUGAAUUCAACAAUUCAGGGAGUUGAAGAGGCUGAUGUUUUGCUACUUGUAGGAACCAACCCACGCUAUGAAGCCCCAGUUUUAAAUGCCAGAAUUCGUAAGAGUUGGAUCCACAAUGAAUUAAAAGUCGGACUGGUUGGAAGUCCUGUUGACCUUACCUACACAUACAGUCAUUUGGGCGACACAGCACAAGUUCUAGAGGAAUUAUUAAGUGGAUGUCACCCAUUUAGUGAGGUUAUUGGAUCGGCAAAGAAACCAAUGAUAGUAGUGGGCAGCAGUGCUCUUCAAAAGGAAGAUGGCAGUGCACUCCUCAAAGCUGCCGUCUCGCUGGCAAACAGACUGCAGGCUACUACUAGAGUAGAGAAGAGCUGGAAAGUGCUGAAUGUUCUGCACAGGGUUGCUAGUCAGGUCGCAGCCUUGGAUCUUGGGUAUAAGGCAGGUGUGAGUCGUAUCUUAAAGAACAAACCUCAAGUGUUGUACCUGCUCGGUGCUGAUGAAGGCCGUGUCAAACGUGAUGACCUUAGACCUGAUACUUUUGUCAUCUACCAAGGUCACCACGGUGACCAAGGUGCCUUGAUGGCAGAUGUCAUUCUACCAGGAUCAGCAUACACAGAAAAGGAUGCCACUUAUGUCAACACAGAGGGUCGUGCUCAGCUGACCCGGCAAGCUGUUACCCCACCUGGCAUGGCCCGCAAUGAUUGGAAGAUCAUCCGUGCUUUAUCAGAGAUUGCAGGUAUUACUUUGCCAUACGAUAAUCUGCAAGAGAUCCGACAGCAGGCGGACAUUUCUCCAACACUGGUUCGCUGCGGACAAGUGGAAGAAGCAAAUUUUUUCCAGCAGUCAGUUGAAAUUGGCAAGUUCAUCAAAGGAACAUCAACACCAAGGCCAUUGAUUCCACCCCAAAGAUUUUUAAAGGAUUUCUACAUGACUGAUGCAAUCAGCCGUGCCUCUCCUACCAUGGCUAAGUGUGUGCAGGCUGCUUCUGCCGCAGAGACCUGUUAAAAAAUGGACAAACUAUCAUAGGUUUUAAUUUUAAUGUAAUUUUCUGAAGAUUCUAUUCUCCACUGGGGCAAAUGAGUGAAUCACUUUAGCAUAAGUGAAAUAGUUGUUUGAAAAUAUUUAAUUUGUCCCGGAGGUGUAUGAAAACUAGAGAUUUGGAAAGGAUAUUAUUUUUACAGACUUACAAGCUUCCAUCAUCACAAAUCAGCUAAUGCCAAGAAUUGGCUUUUGUGUUUGCUUUAUUUUCAUUAUGACAAAACCACUAACGAGUUUUAAGUAUUAGCCUGAGGCAAUGUUUGAAUGUGUACUUUGUCAACAGACUGUUCAUUGUACAUAAACAAGAGAAGAAAUGUU